GGGGCGGGGGGGCGAUGUGGUCGCGUGUGUGUGUGUGUGUGCGUGUGAGUGACUGCUCGCAAAAUUAGCUGGCUGCAGCCUUUCAGGGAUUCCUUUCACGGAGCACCGGAGCCCCCAGUGCAAUUAAAAUGGCCGCAGAGCUCUCCACAACCAUCAACAUCAAGGAGCCCCGCUGGGACCAGAGCACAUUUGUGGGCCGUGCCAAGCAUUUCUUCACUGUCACCGACCCGCGGAACGUCCUCCUCACCAACGAACAGCUAGAACGCGCCCACAAAAUCAUCACCGACUACAGAAAAGGAAUCGUCUCCCCGGGGCUGACAGAAGACGAACUGUGGCGAGCCAAAUAUGUCUUUGACUCCGCUUUCCAUCCGGAUACCGGCGAGAAGAUGAUCCUGAUUGGUCGCAUGUCAGCGCAGGUUCCGAUGAAUAUGACCAUCACUGGAUGCAUGAUGACAUUUUACAAGACCACUCCAGCUGUGUUGUUCUGGCAGUGGAUCAAUCAGUCUUUCAACGCAAUCGUGAACUACACCAACAGAAGCGGCGACGCUCCUAUCACGGUCAGUCAACUUGGCACGGCGUAUGUUUCGGCCACCACGGGGGCAGUAGCUACCGCGCUAGGACUAAAUGCACUAACAAAGCACGUCUCACCUCUGAUCGGACGCUUUGUUCCGUUCGCUGCUGUGGCCGCUGCAAAUUGCAUCAACAUCCCACUGAUGAGGCAAAGAGAACUGAAACACGGUAUUCCCAUAACAGAUGAGAACGACAACAGGAUAGGAGAAUCCUCCAAAGCGGCACAGCAGGCCAUCUCUCAGGUUGUGGUCUCAAGGAUCCUCAUGGCUUCUCCAGGAAUGGCCAUCCCACCCUUUUUAAUGAACCAUUUGGAGAAAAAGGCCUUUCUGAAGAGAUUCCCAUGGAUGAGUGCACCAAUUCAAGUCAGUUUGGUGGGAUUCUGCCUGGUGUUUGCAACGCCACUGUGCUGUGCAUUGUUCCCCCAGAAGAGCUCUAUUUCAGUUAGUCGCCUGGAGCCCGAGCUGCAAGAGAAGAUCCGGGUCAGCCACCCGGGCCUUGAGCGAGUCUACUUCAACAAGGGGCUAUGAAAGCCCCACCAAACGCCACUCUGACCAGGUCACCCCCACCCACCCCCUUCAGUGUGCCAAAGUUAAGUUUGCGUCUGCUCAUUUCACAUGCACCUUGAUUCUUUCAACAAUAGAGUGAAUUUCAUCUUCUAUUUUAAAUUGGCAUUUUUUGUGUCUGUGCGGUAUAUAUUUUUUAAAGUUGUUUAACUUAAUUAUUUGCAAAUCUUUGAAGUUGUGCCAAAUCUACAUGACCUCCAAAUGACCUCACCCAGCUGUUUCGUAACAUUGCUACCCCCCAAUCGUUUUAUUUUUGCCAGAUGAGUGACCAUUGAAAAAGGCUUCUCUAUCUUCAGUUAGCCAUGCUUUUAAAAUGGCGGCCACCGGUAAUGGACCGACAUGGUGCUAUUUUAAUACCCUCACAUUUAACUUCUUCAGCUUGACAAACAAGCACAAGCAAUCACUCCUCAUGACUUUCAGUAAAGUUUUUAUUCUGUUCAGCUUACCGUAUUUUCCUCAUAUUGUGGCUAGGGGAGUGAUUUUUCCUGUAGCAAGCACCAGGCUGUCACUGUAAGGUGCUUAGUUUUAACAUGCUGUUAGCAUAAAUAUCAUGUGGUUAUAUUUCAAGUAUUAGAACUAACAUCUUUGUGCUAAAAAAAACUCAUUCCCGUUAUUCAAAUGAGGAAUGUCAGUUAAAUGAUAUAUAGUAUAUAUACCGUAAUUUUCGGACUAUAAGUCGCACCGGAGUAUAAAUCGCACCAGCCAUAAAAUGCCCAAAAAGUGAAAAAACCCCAUAUAUAUGUAUAUAAGUCGCUCCUGAGUAUAAGUCGCCUCCCCACCCAAACUAUGAAAAAAAACGUGACUUAUAGUCCGAAAAUUACGGUAUAUAUAAUUGAGGAAAUUUGGUAGUAAAUGUUCACUUAAAAUGUCAAGCUAAUUUCACCUUUAAUCCUGUGACGUCAACGGUGAAAUACAAUUACUCACUUUUAUAAGAGUCCUGUCGGUUUACUUUACCUUUUGUUGUAAUUUUGAGUCCUUUGUAGUCUUGAGUAAUUGGCAAAAGAAAAAGAAGGCAGAGAAGGCACUCUCGGUUCAAGCCGUACUUAAUUGUUUUAUAUUUACAACCUAGAAGUGUUUUUCUACAAAUAUUCGCAGUAUUACAGAAUUUCCGACAACGACUGCGCUAGUGUCAAUUAAUGUCAGCCUACAGGGUGUCUCGAUUUGCAUUAAAAUUCAGAUUACAUCACCGUCAUGAAGACACUUGAGAUGGUUUUGGUAUCAGACACUUCUCUGACAUGUCCUCAUUAUGUCAUUUACUUGUAAAAACCUCUAUCAGUGUCAUAUCAAGAUUCAGACAGAGUAGAAUAUUAGAAAAGGUACGCAUCACUACCUGGACUGCGCUGGUCACUUUUAGUCAUCCAACACACAAAGAUUCUGAUACUGGCCAGAGAACGAUGUGUCUUUGGCCACUUCUAGAAAUCGGGGAUGACAAAAAUAAACAACACACAGGUACAAAAAUCAUAAGCGAAGAUGAUGAUUGAAAUUCUCUAUGUAGAAUUCAAGUGUUGUAACGAUUUAGUUGAGCAAAUGCAAAUGUUUACAUAUGUUUGUGAACUUUGAUUCCAUCGCUCAUCAUCAUGGUGUGAUCACUGUAAAGAUGUUUGAUAGUCUCGAAAUCUACUGUUGUUGUAUUGUAUGAGUAACUUGAUUGAUAUGUAUACAAGUGUUUCCAGAUAUCUAUCUGUACAUGUUUCCAGCUGGUAUGAAGUGACUUAUGUUCUUGUCAUCUUCAAGGUGAACUGAAUGUAAUGUUUUCCUGCUACAGAUACAUAUUGGUCCACAAAAGCACAAUGUUGGAAUGCUGAGAUGAAAUGCUGCACUUUUUUGUUGCAAUUUUGUCAACCCUUUGACCACAGUUUUGUUUAGUUCAUCGGUGACCAGCUGAGAGAGUAGCACAAAAAUCUAAUUUUUAUGUUUACUGUCAAUUCUUGUAUUGAUUUUCUUUACAUUCAAUAAGAGCUCAUACUUCUUUAUGGCUGUACAUCUCAAAUUACUACAUGAGCUAAUGGUAACUGUCAAUUGGAAAUACAAUCGAAGUGAUCAUGCGUUGGAAUGAGUUAAAAGAUUUAUGUAUUUCUAAAAAAUGAAUAGCGUUUGGUUGUGCAUUUCACUAACUUAAUGUGAUCUUUAUGUGGAAUAAUAAAGAGCGCCACUUUAAGGCACUUGACAGAAAA